AUGGACAUGCGGGACAUUUUAGGAGGGAUUGCCCAUGACGUGAGUAGACUUGUGGCCCUAGUCAAAGGAGCAGAGAGACUGGGGCCUAUCAGGGGCAAGGCAGUCGAGGCCAUGGUCAGACUCAAAGCGGUGCCUCUUCUUCUGCAGUGGGUUCAUCAUCCAGAAGUGGAGUGCAAUCCACUUUUCGGGGCAGAGAUGGUAGACACCAGAGGGGCCAGCAUGAGCGUUCUACUACGUAGGCCCGACAACCUGAAGUCAUAUUCUGCGGAGAGCGUAGAGUUCUCCAAUCUUGUCUCAUCCCGCUAUAAAGGCGAAAAGUUUUCAGAUGUCUUCCCGGAUGAUCUCCCUGGAUUACCUCCUCAGAGAGAAACCGAGUUCACUAUUGAACUCCUUCCAAGCACGAAUCUCAUUCAUGAAGCUCCUUAUAGGAUGGCACCAAUAGAGUUACGUGAGUUGAAGACUCAAUUGCAAGAAUUGGUUGAUCUUGGGUUCAUCCAACCUAGUGUUUCCCUUUGGGGGUGCACCGGUAUUGUUUGUGAAGAAGAAGAAUGGAACCAUGAGGCUUUGUAUCUAUUACAGGCAGUUGAACAAGGUGCAACCCACCACGAGUGUGACAGAAGUACGGAGUUUUCUAAGGAGUGUGACCAGAGUUUUCAAGACGUGAAGAAGCGGUUAACCAUUGCCCCUGUUUUGGCUCUUCCGGAUAACUCGGAGAACUUUGUGAUCUACAGUGAUGCAUCCUUACAAGGCUUGGGAUGUGUGUUGAUGCAGCAUGAUCGGGUGAUUGUUUAUGCCUUGAGGCAACUCAAAAAGCACGAGCAUAAUUAUCAUACCCAUGACUUGGAACUUGCUGCAGUUCUAUUCGCUUUCAAAAUAUGGCGACACUACUUGUAUGGUGAGACGUGUCAGAUCUUCACUGAUUACAAAAGCCUCAAGUACCUUUUCACUCAGAAGGAAUUGAAUUUAAGACAACGGCGUUGUCUGGAAUUAAUCAAGGACUAUGAUUGCACGAUUGAAUAUUAUCAUGGACGAGCUAAUGUGGUAGCAGAUGCUUUGAGUAGGAAGACUAGUAGAAGCUUAGGUCAUCUCAUAAUGGCUUAUCUUCCAUUGUUAGUGAUUGCAGCCCAAUUGGAGGAUCCUACUCUUUGUGUGAUCAGAUUGGAAGUAGAGAAUGGUACACGGACGGAUUAUGCAAUAAGAGAAGAUGGAGCCUUGUUGACCGAGACUCGUCUUUGUGUACCUAAGAAUAAUGACUUGAAGAGAAAAAUCAUGGAGGAAGCGACUGUUCAACCUAUUCUAAGCACCCGAGAAGUACUAAGAUGUAUCAGACUCUACGUGAGUACUACUCAUGGCUGCAUAGAGUUUGCAUAUAACAACAGUUAUCAUUCGAGCAUUGAGAUGGCUCCGUAUGAGGCUUGUAUGGGAGGCAAUGUAGAAGGUAUCCAAGCAACAACCGAGAAGGUGAAGAUGAUCCGAGAGAAGUUGAAAACCGCCCAAGAUCGACAAAAGAGUUAUGCAGACAAUGGGUCCAAGGAUCUUGGGGAUUGGGUGUUCUUGAAGCCAUCUCCUUGGAAGGGUGUGAUGAGGUUCGAGAAACAUGGGAAGUUAAGCCCUCGUUAUAUCGGACUUGAUGAGAUCACGGAACGUGUCGGACCAGAAUUGUCUCAGAUCCAUGAUGUGUUUCAUGUGUUCAUGUUACGGAAGUACAUGUCUGAUCCUUCUCAUGUUUGUGAACAUCAACCCGUGGAGUUGAGAGAAGAUUUGACGUAUGAGCAGUAA